ACGUCACGUCUCGAAGUUCGAAGAGCACUGUAUGUAUGAUGUAUGGGCACGUGAGCGGCCGUGUGUCCUAUAUACCUGCCAAACUCUGACUUUUCUUUCCAUAAAUCCAUAAUCAAUCUACGGUAUCGGUGAUCAGACCUUACAGGCGACCAUGGAGGUCCAGAAAAGACGGUGAAAAGGGACCUUUCCGGCGGGAACCCGCGGCGAAAACGACCCGUCUUUCCUCUCACGCAACCGCCAGUAAACGAUCAAGGGAAAGCCACAAGGAAGACCCCAACCCCCCACCGGCCACAUCCACCAUAUGGUCUGAAUUUUUCGCUUGAAGUUAUCAAAGAAGACUUCUGUUCAACAUGCAACCCGCUGGGAUAAGGAGGCAAGACAGAACUGUGGAGGGUUGGCGGACAAAUGACCCCCCCUCCUCCAGGUCAUCCCCCCUCCCCACCUCCCCAUACCCCCCUACACCGGACUCCCCUGAAGUAGAGACAGAUGAUCACAACAAUGGAGACAGUGAGGUUGAACCAGAAGUUGCCGUUGACGCGGUUUCUAUCGUGGAGUCAGAAGGCACGGACAGAACUCCUUCCCCCUCGGACUUGGAGGGUCGUCCACCGACCGCGGCAAGUAGCAUGCUGGACUGCUCGGAAACGAGCUCACAACACGAGUUCUCGUACCACACGCAUCAGAUACAGACCUCACCUUUAUCCGAGGAGUUUGAGGGACUGAGAGUCCCCAUAAUAGGGUAUGAAAUCAUGGAGCAGAGGGCAAGAUAUACACUUUUCAAGAUCCAUGUGCAAGUUGAAGCUGACGAGGGCUGGUUCGUCUUCAGGAGAUACUCGGACUUUCAGAGGUUGAAUGAGAAGCUGAAGGCACGUUUUCCAGGCUACAGGUUUGGUCUUUCUGACGACGAGGAAAACAACGACGGAGUCGUGGGAAAGCUGAGAAACCUGUUCCCGACCUUCCGCCUGGCCCUCCCACCCAAACGUUGGUUCAAGGACAACUUUGACCCUACCUUCCUUGAGGACAGAAUUCUGGGAUUGCAGGCCUUUGUCAAUAAUGUCAUUGGGCAUGUUGAUAUUGUUGACAGCGACCCUGUGCGAGAGUUCUUCUGUCUGGAUGACCCCCCUGACCCGCUGGACAGACUGGAGGAGAGUAGGGGUCUGAAUUUCAACACCAGGCGUAGCUUCUCUGAUUCUGUGGAAAUACAAGUUGCCCCUCUCCAGGCCCUGUGUGAGUCUCUGGAGGAGUGUGUGUACAACUUGAGAAGGGAAGUACUGGAGAAAAACCACGAAGUAGAAUCCCUGAAGGCCGAGUUGGCUCGGAGUAAAGCAAGGCAGGAAGAACUGGAGAGGCGACUAGGGUUGGGUGGACAAAGCAAUUCUCCUGCCCAGGGUAGUGAGGGCAGUCUUGCAGAGGCAGAUUUCCCAUCAGCCAUUGAGGCGGACCAGGGCCAGAUCCAGGACCAGGCAGCCAACAACACCAGCAGUGUGACAAUAGGCAGCCAGCAGUCAAGUGAGAACAGAUUGGUGUCUAAAAGUGGGCUCCUGACAUCUCCAGACACUUCUGCAAACGCAACCCCCGACACCUGGAACGACAGUGACUCCUCCCUCGCCCAGAACUUGCCCAAAUUCCACUCCACACCUGUCAUCUCACCUGCGCACCUGAAGAAGGACGCAGCUGCUAUCAGGAUCCAGGUGCAAUCUGCCUCGCCGCCGCUGCAAAGGGCACAGGUGAAGUGAAGGACCCCGGAGGCUGUUCGUUGUUUUCAGCGUUUUUUUCCAGAGAGUGGUGGCUUAAAACUGCAAUUUGAAACCAAAAGCAAUGUCAUAUCUGUUUAAAGCCACCCUUGGUUUAUCAAGAAUGUGUAUGCAAAUGUAUGUCCUUUUUAAAAAUUUUGAAAAAAAAAA